UGGAAGUUGUGACGCAAAAUCGAAUCAAGCUUUGUAAAGCAAAAUUGCGAAAAGAACGUUUUGUUAUUUAUAUGACGAAACUUUCAAAAUAGUAUUCAACAGAAAAAGGACGAGAUCAAUUCAUUUAAAAAAAAAACAAAAAAAUAUUUAGUGUAAAAUAAAAAUAAACAACUGAUUUAGCAAAUACAUUCUUUGAAAUCAUUUCAGCAGAGCAGCCGACGAAACAACUAUUCCGUUAACUAAACGUAGCUUUGUUCAAUUCAUUUCUGUCAAAACAAAUUCAUGGAUGGACUAUCUGUGUCGGUUGCCUACGGUGAUUCACCGCAAUAAUGCGAAAUCCCAGUACUUGAAACACUUUCACAGUGUUUUUGCCGCAUCAAGAAUAAACUUGUACAGACCUGUCGUCGAAAAUCGUCUAUAUCUAGCGGCUAGAAAACGGCAGAAACUUCAGACAAUGGAUUUAACUAAGUCCUUUCAAAGUUUUGCCUGGUGCAAACCCGAAUGGUGUUUCCCAAGCAUGAGUAAGGAGACCAAUGAGCUGCUGCGUCAGUGUUCUGAAGUCACUCCGGAUGAGCAGGGGGAUGAUGUGGAUGAGGUGAUCGCUAAGAGCAAGGCGUUCCCUAUAUCCUUCCCUAUUGAGACUGUCAGAUUAGAGAAGCUCAAAGUGCGUCGGCCUAUAGAGAAACUGAAGAAGAACAUAGCUUCAACAUACCCACUCAUACAUGAGAGAGUGUUACUACUCAUGACUCAUUUUCUCAUAUACAAGAGAGAGUUCGGCAGCAGUAUAGAGAAGGAACUUUACAAAGAUAUGAGCGUGCCACAACUCAUAGACAGGAUUUUGAAGAAACGCGCCAUCACUUUCAUGGGACAAGCUGACAAAUAUCUACUGAUUACUGGAGAAAAAGGAUCUUUGUUGAGCGGUCUCUCGCCGCAGGAAAAGAAGCAGGUUCGAGCCAAACGGUUCAGAGGUUCCGAAGGUUGGGAGAGCGUAGGCACAGUGAAUCAGCGUCCCCCCCUCAUUUUGGAGAACUGCCUCAGCUAUGACGAGAUGAAACUAUCGGCCAUGGUGUUUGUCAGUGGUUAUACUGAGUGUAUCAAUGAUGGAGAGAGGAAGAACUCGGGCGUCGUCUGCGAGGAAACCGCUGAGCCUGACGCCGUUAUUAUUGGCUGCAUAGGACCUCGUUUCCAGCGCGAUUUCCGCAUGGAUUACGAGGACAUCCUCAUUACUGAGGAGCAGAACGUUCCAGAACACGGGUAUGGUGAAGAGGUGACUCCUACCACCUGCCUCAAUGUGCUGAAGAACACGUAUGUCAGGAAUAAUACUUCUGCUAAGCAUAUGUGGAGGCAGAUGUGGUCGGAAUUCUAUCAGGUACACAGCUACACAUACGACGAGCUAACUUCCUACGUAGAUUCAGCCGUCCAUCGCGAUGCACAACGCAAGUACACCGAGCGGUACGUCCGCCUGCCUCGAGCCGGCUGUGUGUUCGACAACGAGGUGUACUACAAGCGGCUAGCUGUGCUCACUGACACCGUGCUUGUAGAAGCCGAUGAGAGGGCCAAGGAAGUCAACAAGAUGGCCUUCGUCAAUGUUAUUGGCUGUGGUCUAGGAGUCUGGAAGAUAUCGAAACACCAAGUGGAUGUAUUCGUUCUGUCAGUGUGUUCCCGUGUAAAACAACUAUUACGUCGCGAGCUGUUACAGCACGUGUCUGAUGUCAACUUCGCUUAUAUUACGCCCAGUGAGCCUGUACUAGCAAUGUUCACAAACACAUCGGGUUCCGGACCUGACGCAGUUUAUAAAGUAUUCUUCGAGAGCAAAAAACAUCCGAGAGGUGGUAUAAACGUACAAAUAAAACGUCGUGAGCCGUCAUCUCGUCUGCAAGGCGACGAUGAAGGGAAGCUACUCGUCAUGACAUACCCUUGGGACGGAAAUGCACACCCAGGGAACGAGUUCUGGCUAGGCAGCUUAACAGGUUCAGGCGACCCGGCGGCGGCCUGCUCCACACAAGUGUCAGAGCUUCACAACGCUCAUAUCAACCGAAGCGUUAACGCUAACAACACAAGAGUCGCCACCAGACAGGGACUUCGGAAUCUAUCACAGUACACACAAUUACAACCUGCGUAGAAAUCCUCUGAAUAAAUUAAAUGUCUAAAAAAAAUUUAAUAAAAAAGUCCAAUGUACUUUAAUCCGAUUCGCUGUUUAGUCGAAUUCGCAACUGGUCUAAUUCGCAUUUGAUAUUUGAUAGUGAAUUGAACUAAUUUUUUGAAGGCCUGAUAGAUGCCACGUAAUGUUGUUUACUUGCCUAUAGUAAAAAUAAUCAUAUUAAAAUAUUGCCAGCAUUAUAAAAAUUGGGACAACGUGCGAAUAGCAACGUCCGAGACUGCGAAUUCGCACUCUGUCGCAGUAAACGCAACAGCAACCCGCAUAAUUGUAUUUAAAUGCAAUUUAAUUUUGUUCACUUAUAAUACGACUAAUUCAGUGUUUAAAAAGUGGUCCAAUUCGGAGUUGCUAGAAUUCGCAGUUGGCCCAACUCGCAGUUUUUUGUCAUAAGUUUUUGUGGUACUGAUGUUAUGACAUACUCUCUUAAUUGUAUUUAAUAAUUUGUUUUCAUGACUGUAUCUAUGGGACAGUUGUCAAUAGUGACAGAUGUUUUGUAGCCAAAUUCUCGCCAGUAUUAUAUUGUAUUCGAAAUUGUUAUUUAUAACCAGGUCAACAAGUCAAUUUGGCGCUAAAUAUUUAUGAAAAAGAAUAAUAGUCUGGUCUGAUAGAGGCUGCUAUACUUUUUACAGCAAAAAACAAUAAAUUAUCGAAUUUUCCAAAAUCGGCCUAUGAUAAAUUACUGCAUACAACUUUACGAAUCUUUGCUUAAUAUUAUAAAUGAGAAGUUGUUUGCCGGGUUUUCAAGCCAAAAUUAUUAAUUUAAUGAGCAUCCUACUAUUUAUCUGAAUGCGUAAAAUGAUUCUUCCAAGAUGGGGGUAAAAUUGCUUGAAACAGCUAGUGUUGAUAUAAAUAAAAGCAAUAUCUUUUGUAGUACACUUUCACUCAUUUCGCGUUUACACGCUGCCUUGUCAAUUAAUACGUACAUCUUCCAUCAUAAUAAGGCGUCAAUUUAUAGCCAAAAGCUUUAGAAUUAACUGUUUUAUAAUAUAGCAUUUUUUAUAAUUAUAUUGGUACUUAAUUUAUUUAGGCCAAAGUUCAUUGACAACAUAUUAUACGUAUUUUUUCUGACUUCCCAUUAAAAAGGUUCCCAAUUAGAUUUUUUUAAACAAUUAUUUACUAUAAAUUUUCACGAACUAUUUUCAAAGUAAACAUUUUUUUUUUUCAAAUAAAAAAACGGUCGUUUAUGUUGCCGGUGAAUUUUGCCUUAAAGGUUUUAUAGUACCUAUGUUUAAUAUAUCUAUACUCGCUAUAGCUAAAAUCUUCCGAAAUAAGCUUUUCUAAACCGUAUUAAAAAAAAAAAAAAACGAUAAUAUAAUAGUAAUUUACACGACUGCAGUUAUUAAAAAAUACAAUAGUGAAAUGAAUUUCUCUUUAGAUCUACGUUUAUAAUAAUAUAUAGCGAAAUAAUAUUACAGUUUGACCAUAUAUCCAAAAUAGUAAAUGCCUAACUUGUUUUUUUUUUUUUUUAAUUGUUUUUGAUAGACAAUUAUGUAUAAUCAUGAAUUUAUAUAAAACCUAUUUAUCAAAUGUAUGUAGAUAUUUACAAAUAAUGUUAUUAAUAUAAGACAAUAUUAGACUGGAAAUGUUGUGCCUAGUUUUAUUUGUACUUAGAUGAAUUUCUAUAUAGUCAAUUUAUCAUGUAGCUCUGACCUAAGAACUUAAAGCAACUUAUAUCUGUCCAUGUUUUACACUUGCCAAAAUAUAGCCUGCAAGACAGAGAGAGAGAAUUUCUAGGGAAAUUAUUUUCAUAAAUUAUCUUCUUAGGGUGCGUUUAAAUAAAUGAAAAAUAACUAUACUCUAUUUGGUUAGCUAUUUGACAAAAAGUAAAAUAUCUUGAUAAGCCCUUAACAUGACAUAAAUAAUAAAAAACGAAACUUAUUAAUGGUCCCCGUUGAAUGCCGUGCUGUUAUUCAACUAACACAUUUUUACCUGAAUUUUAUUUUGUACUCAUUUCUUUAACUUUCGUUAUAUUUCAUAGAUAGAACGUUCGCUCUUUCGUUUAAACGCACCAUUACUCGAAGUUUUCCGAACAAUCCCGAAGUUUUCCGGUCAGUUCUUUAGGUCAGACACUUUCAUGAAUAAUGUACCAUUGCUAUGUAUAAUCUGUGCCGUAACUUGCUGUGUAUGUAAAUAUACAUUAUUUAUGUACAGUCGGCGAUAAAAAUCUAUUAACACAAUCCAAAAUACCUGAACAUUGAAAUCUUAAAUGCCAAAGACGUGUUCAAUGACUUAUUUAAUCUCUGUUGCCCAUGUAUUUUUAUUCUGGUCGUAACCAUUACGUAUGGGAGAUUUUCGAAAAAUCGUUUGAAACUGUCAAAACAAUAAAGAAAACUUUUGCAUGCAAUUUCUAUCUUAUUUAUAUUUUUGUCUCUCUACGAAAGUUUGCUUACGUGGGUCAUAAAUGUCAUUGGUUGAUAGUGCAUUUUGUAAUUUUGAUUGUGUUCAUGGAUUUUUGUGGUUGACUGUACUUUCUAGUUUGUAGUUGCAUUGUAUAUGUAGCCAUCUAUAAUUACAUAUUUAAAUUAGUACAUGUGUAUAAAACCUAUAUACUAUAACAUAUUCGUUGGUCUAAAUACAGUUUUUUUGUCGCAUUUUCUUACCCGACUUGGAGACAUAAAUGUUUAUAAAACUUUUCAUGUUAUUUUCAAUUUUAUACUUCCAUAGACAUGUUAUUUGAUUAACAUAAUAUUAUUACAACCCUUGCCAAUAAAGAAUGGGAUUAGAAAUCGCUACAGCUGUAUUUACCUCUCGCUCAUGUGCUAUAGUGUAUGAGCGAGAGGUAAAUACAGCUGUCGCGAUUUCUAAUCCCAUUCUUUAUCGGCACGGGUAGUAACAUCUUUUAUACUCACUAUUGGCUAAUAAAAUGUAGUAAAAUAAUGUAUGAUGAACUACAAUAGAUUGAUUCUGUUUUUUCUUCAAUAUCAAGACAAUUUAUUUAUUACGUUUUUAAAGGUUUUCCUUGUAGGUAGCUAAGUAUGUAUAAAAAUGUAUUAUACAUAUUUUGUAUUAUCCUGUAGAAAUAUUUGUUUAUAAUCUAAAAUAUAUAAUAAUUGUGUUGUUAUAAAUGUAGCGAAUUUUAUUGGUUAUCGAUAAUUUUAUAAGUUGUAAGUACGAAUGUACUCUAUAAUGUCAUUGUUCAUAAUGAAAUAAACAUACAGGUUUUAUAAAAA